GUGGGUAUUGUGAAAGGGAAGCUAUGGCGGAUCAUAAACGAAACAGAUGGGGUCCUAAGGCCGACGGAGGGUCGCAGGAGGAGGGAGACAGAGUGAAAACUAAGCCUGUCUCUUGUAGCACUGUGGGGACCGCCGCCAAGCGCACAUCGCAGCAUCUUUCCUCCAGUGAUGAAGAGGAGGGCUCAGCCGACCCACCGGUGCCACCAAAAGUCUCCAAAAUUGGUUUUAACCUGAGUGGUCAGAUUGGGAAGAAAUCUAACAACCCCAUAUCCAUCAAACUUGGAGCAUCUAAACCUAAAGAACCUGUUUCUACAGUUCCUCCUAAAAAGGUUGGGCUUGCGUCAGUGUUCAAUGAAGACGAUGAUAGUGAACCAGAGGAAAUGCCACCUGAGGCAAAGAUGAGAAUGAAGAACAUUGGCAGAGAAACACCGACAUCUGCAGGGCCUAACUCCUUCAACAAAGGAAAGCAGGGUUUCUCUGACAAUCAGAAGCUUUGGGAGAGGAAGCUAAAGGCCCAUGCAGAGGAUGAAAACUAAUUAACAACAGUGCAGUAGUUUUAAUAAGUUGUCAUUGAGAAAUACAGGACUGGCUGGGUUUCAUCAGCUUAUGUCUGUUUGGACACUUUUGAUUGUUCAUUUCAACUCAAUCACUGCUUCAAGAUUAUUCUGCAGUGACAUCUUGUCUUGAGAUGUAGAAGGUACAUUUGUGUGUAACCUGUUUAUCUCCCCAGGCUCUAAUAUGAUUACAGUAGAUAUUACAUCCAUGUCCUGUAUCUUUAGACUGAUAUUAGCUCACCCAGAGAAAAUUCUGUUUAAUGUAUGUGUGAAAAUGUACAUAGUGUGACUUUUUUAUUUCCAAGUUCAACAAAGUGGGACAAACAUGAAUAUUUGUACAGUAUAAUUACUGUUCAAUAUCAGAUGUUUUUAAAGGUUAAUUUCACUUACUAUGCCACACUUUUAUGCUAUGGAUUUGUUGUAGUCUUAUGCAUUUAUUCUUUUGUUUAUUGAUCAAUACACCCCCAAAAACUUUUACCUACAAACCUAGUUGGAGAGUUGAUUAUAAAAUAUGAUGUCCACAAUAAGACUCUUUACAUAAGCUGUAGGGCUUAGAAGGGGGAAUUCUUUCAGCCUGUUUGUACUAGUUUAGGUCAUGAGUUCAAAUUAAAGUAAUGAGGAAAUCUAACUUGUUACAAUCACUCUUCUGAAAUAUGUUUAUAAUAAAAUAAAACAUCGUGAAAACA